AUGUCUUCUAGCUCCAUUGGUAGCUUAAGCCGGCACAUAAAACAAGUACAUCCCACUAUAAAUAUAUCGAUGAACAGAUUAGAACCUGUUCAAGAAGUGUCCUCGGCUGAUGUAAGUGAAGUAGCUAGUACAAGCACCGCAAAUUUGAACGUACAAGCCACAAUAGGUAGUACUUCUAGAACUACCCCUCCAGCUCCGUCUAUGAACCAAUUUGUUGUGGUGAAAAAGCCCCUGCCACUAAAUAGAAUUCAGCAGAUCGACGAACAAUUAAUCAGAAUGAUUGCAAAAGGCUAUCACGCUUUGAGAAUCGUAGAGGAAAGAGAGUUUCGAAAAUUAGUCGAAAUGCUAAAUUCUGGAUACUCACUACCCACACGCAAAACAGUUUCGGAAACUCUGCUUCCUAAAGUUUACAAUAAACUAUUAGAAAAUGUAAAAAGCAAAAUCACAAAAGCUACGGCUAUAUGUAUCACCACCGAUGGUUGGAAAUCUAUUACUAAUGAUGACUAUAUUGCAAUAACUGCACAUUAUAUAGACGUAGACUCCCAUCAAUUAGUGUCAGUUAUGAUUGGGUGCAUUAAUUUUGAUCAAAGUCACACAAGUGUAAAUAUAUCUGAUUUCCUGAGGCAAAAGUUCACAGAGUGGAACAUCGAAAAUAACAUUGGCGCGAUUGUCAGCGACAACGCCGCUAACAUUUUGGGCGCAGUGCGGAUAGGUGGUUGGAGAUCAGUUAGCUGUUUCGCCCACAGUCUUAACUUAGUUGUGCAAGCAAGUAUCGACAAAAUUGCACACAUACUGAUAAAAGUUAAGCAAUUAGUGGAAUACUUUCAUCGUAGUCAGCCUGGGGCUAAAAAACUUAAAGAAAUGCAGGUUCAAAUGAACAUUGGGCCACUUAAAUUGAAACAAGACGUCAGUACACGGUGGAAUUCCACUUACGACAUGUUGGACCGUCUACUGAGGAUUAAAGAUGCUGUGACUGCUACUGUGGCAAUUAUGAGGGCUGAUUUAGCCCUAUCACAAGAGGAGUGGGCGAUUGUAGAAAGAGCGAUCCCUAUUUUAAAGGUGUUCUACGAAGUCACCAAUGAAGUGAGUGGAGAAGAAUACGUCUCCGCUUCAAAAUAUAUUGUUUUUUGCAAGCUGUUGUUUAUGCAAAUAGAAAAAACUUCUGCCGAGACCUAUGCACCGAUUGAGGAACUAGUGGCGUCAUUAAAAUUCGAGAUGAGACGUAGAUUCGGCGAUAUCGAAAAACAUGUCCUGCUUAGUGAAGCUACUAUCUUAGACCCACGCUUUAAAAAAACUGGAUUUCGUGAUCCUAUCAACUUCCAGAAUGCCGCAGCUGCACUCAAAAUGAAAAUCGGUAGAAUUGUCUUGCCCGAUGAGGACACAGCAAACAAUCCAGUGCCCGAAGAACCGACCCCUGGUCCUUCUAAAACAGGUUCAAUUUGGGAGGAUUUCGAUGUCGAAGUUUCGCGAUUGAUACCAGAAAAUCCAACUGCAGCCGGAAUCGUGGAAUUUGAUAAAUAUUUACAGGAGCCGUUGAUCAGCCGGCAUCAAGAUCCGCUGCAGUGGUGGAGGGAAC